GUUUCCUGCCGGAUUCAAUUAAAGUAACACCGUUGGUAUCCUAGCAACUGACGCCUGCCAGAGAAAUGGCUAAAUUUGUGCUUGCUGGUAAGGCAGAUUGCCCAUAUUAUGCAAAGGCAGAGCUGCUUGCUGACUUACUCGAAAGAUCUUUGCCAAACUUCAGAAUCCACAAGAUCUCCAUUCACCCCCGUGAUUGGAAGGAUUGGCUUGAGACCACCUGCAAGACAAAUGCCUGGAAGCAUGAACAAUCCCCCAUAAUAUGGAGGGAACUGAUUGACAGAGGGGGAAAAGGAAUGCUCUUAGGGGGGUUCAGUGACUUCCUGGAACAUGUGCAGGGUUACUAUGGGAUUACCUCCGAUAUGUCAACAGAGCUGAUGUUGAAGGUUGCAGCUGAGAACCUGCGCACAAGGGAGCUGUGUGAGGAGGAGGAGAUGCAUGGCAGUCUCAUCGCGCCCCUUCACAUAUGGAUCAGCAGUGCUCUUAGCCAGACCUGCUACAUCCUCGUUCCCAUGCUGUUCACACCGGGGGUGUUCCCCGAGGCUCCUCCCAUCAGCCUCCACCUGCUGGAUGUAGGGGGAGACGAGGAGGAGAUGCAGGGGCUCCGGAUGGAGAUAGAGGACCUGGCCCUGCCCCAGCUUCACCAGGUCACAGGCCACACAGACCUGGACCAGGCCUUCCAACAGGCCCAUGUCAUCAUCCUCUUGGAUGACAGCUGGUCGGACGGAGAGGAGGAGGGGAGCACGGCGAGGAAGGUGGCGGACCGUUACCGAGGCUACGGACGGCUCAUCGAGCAGAGGGCGCACGAGAGUGUGGUGGCGAUCGUCGCCGGCGACUCCCUCGUCAACCUGAAGUGCUCCCUGUUGCUGGAGAACACGCCCUCCAUCGACAGCAGCCGGUUUGUCGCCAUGGCAACCCAGCUGGAGUACGAGGCCAGGGCUCAGGUUGCUAAGAAGCUGAACGUAAAGACAGCAGAUGUGUCUGAUGUAAUAGUGUGGGGAAACAUCAGUGGCAUUUCUCAAGUUGACCUGCAGAGGGCAAAAGUCUUCAAUUAUCAAGGGGCAAUCUGUGGACCAUCCCAUCUGCCCCAACCCGUCCUUGAGAUGAUAUAUGAGAGGAAAUGGCUGGAAUCUGAGUUUGAGAGUUUGGUCAAUUUGCAACGUGGCACUGUAGCCUCCAAGACCCAGAGGCCUACAGCCAUAUCAGCAACCAAUGGGAUUAUUGCAGUUCUGAAGGCCUUGAAUGGGAAAACUUCCCCAGAGGAAGUCCUCUCAUUAGGCAUACUCAGCACAGGCCAGUUCAACAUCCCGACUGGAAUAGUCUUCUCAAUGCCAGUGAGGUUUGGGAGUGGACAGUGGUCAGUGUUGUCUGAUGUGACCAUCGGGGACAAGCUGAGGGCGAGAAUGCAAAUUUCUGCGGACCAACUUAAGACGGAGAAGGACCUUGCAACAAGGACAAUUAAAACUAUGACAUGAUUCCAUGCGCAAGACAUUUAAGAAAUGUUAUGCAUUUGCCAAGUAAAAAUGCUUUUGGGUGUUGAA